AUGCUUCAGACACAAUGUCAUCUUAGAUUUCGCCUCAUCCUCUUCAUCUUCAUCUACGGUCCACUUGGUUUCGAUUCAAAUAGAUUCGACAUAAACAUAAAUAUGACAACAUACUUAAUUGAGAAGCAAGAGACAUGGAUCCUUACCUAUCAGAGUUUGUCUGAUGCGUCUUUGAUGGCGAUUACAAAGAGAAGAAACCCAGUUGUUCUUGAUGCAGAAAUCAUGAUGGUGGUGCUGAAGCGGAUUAUGGAGGAAGAUGGAGAGGAUGUUGAUUGUGAAGAUGUGAUUACAUUGAAACUGGAAGAAGAUGCUUGA